AUGUCUUACAACUGUGGCUCUGGAAGAUUCUCCUCCCAAUCUCUUGGAGAUUACCUGAGGUACCCAGUUUCCCAGUAUAACUCCUUCUACCCCAGUGAUGUAGCCUACUUUCCAGGAACCUACCAGCUGGGCUCCUCUUUCUAUGGUGGCCAUCAGGAGUCUUACUCUGAGCCCAUCAGCUAUGAAACAUCCUGCCCUGGAACCAGAUCCUACCAGACAUCUAGUUAUUGCCCAAAGAACUUCAUUUUCUCCAGUCCCUGCCAAGCGAAUUACUCUGGAUCUCUUGGAUAUGGUAGCGCCGGCCAUGGAUCUUUUGGAUUUGGAAGCACUGGGUUCCAGUCUGUGGGAUGUGGGUCCAGCUUCCACCGUCCAGCUUACUUCCCUUCCAGGAGUUUCCAGUCGACUUGUUUCCGCCCAGCCAUUGGCUCUCACUAUUUUGGAUCAUCCUGCUGA